CCGACAGCACUACACCACUCUUCCUCGAACCCAUGUCGAGUGGCAGCAGCAAUGACGACGGGGCACAGGAGGUGGCCAUUCUCGACAAGGUCCUCCUCCGUCUGGCCAUGGCUGACAAUGCCGAGGCGGCGGCACCGAUCCUGGCAACCUUCCUGGUGCCGGCACUCCAGCUGCUGGCGGCGCCACAAGCCGCAGUCAAGAAAAAAGUGGUGGCUCUUGUCGGCCACAUCAACUCUCGCUUCCCCUCCUCACCGGCCGUCUUCCCGCUCAUGUCGCUUGUGGAUCAGUACAUCGAUGCCAGCGUCCCACCCCUGGUCAAGAACCUGACCCUCGUCUACCUCAACAAGGCUCUUGCUCCUGUCGCGCUUGUUCACGCCCUUGUCUCGCCGGCUAUCCCGGCCAACCAUCGCAAUGCCAUCCUUCACAUCAUGGCUCCUCAUCUCGCAUGCGCUGCUCCGCAGCCAGAAGCGCUUCCGCCGGCCGGCGCGCUCGAGGCCGUUGUUGACUUUGGCCACGAUCUCCUCCUCUUCCGCCCGCAGGACAUUGAGAGCCAAACCGCGCAACGCGAGACGGGCGCGCCGUUGCCGGAGCCGCCGCCGGGUCUCUCGCGGAUGCGGUGCAAGCGGCUGGCGUCACUCAAACCGGCGAACCCGUCGCACCUGUCCGCCUGUCAGGCCUCGAUCCUCUCGUAUGCUCUUGACGUUGCCGCCGCUGAUGCUGGCUGGCUGCAAGCUGUGUUCCCGAUGGCGCUUGUGGCGGCGCACUCGGCCAACCCGACGGCCCGCGACUUGGCCUCGCACGCCAUGCGCUCGCACUUUCCGCCGUCGACGUUCAGCCCGACAAGCGUUGUCACCCUUGAUCGGCUCUGCGCAUACGUGGCCGGCGACUCGAGCGAGCGCGUUCGGCCAGCAUCUAUUGACCUUGCCCUAGCCGCGCUCACGCAUCUCGCCAACGCACCCGAUGCCGCACUUGCAGCGCCGCGGCUGUUUGACACGCUGCGGAGCGCGCUUCUCUCGCCGCAGGCCCGGAUGACCGCCGCCGGUAAGGCCCUGUUCCAGGCUCUGUUCCGCACAGCCGAGCCCGAGCGGCUUGUCCCGCUGGCGCGCGCGCUCCUUGACAUGCUCCUGCCGUCAAUUGCCGGAACUGGCCUCGGCUCGUUUGGGUAUGUGGCGGUCGGACGGUGUGCACGGAUUGUGCCGUCGCUGGUCGGACCAAACCUCCGGGUCUUGGCGUCGUUCUUUGACGCCGCCGAGAGCGGGAGCGCGUCUGAUCGCGCUGCAGUCAAGGAGGCGCUCACCGACUUGAUGGGCGCGUUUGACCCACUUCCGGAAAGUGCGCAGGGGCCUGUGUUUGAUGUGCUGGAAAAGUACGCCGCGUCGGGAGCAGUCCAGGCACGGCUGAUGGCGCUCUUCUACGUCAUGCACCUCUUUCCGUUUGCACAUCUUCCGUCGCGGCUGUUGUGUGCGCGGCUGGCGAGCGACACCAAUCUGGCGGUGGCCAACGAGGCUGAGCGCGGACUCCGCCCUUAUAUCAACAUGGGCGCCGGCGUGGUGCCGGACACGAGUGUGGCGUACCCGGACUUUGGAGCCACUGCAGCGCACUUUGCGCUCCAUGGUGCGGCAUCACCCGAGAGCCUUGUUCACGGCUUUGGCUUUUGCGCCGCAGCCUACAAUGCGUGGCGCAAGAACGACGCCAACGGGUCGCUGCCGCCUGAUGCACAGCCGCUGGUUGCUCUCCUUGUUGAAGCGCUGGGUCGAUUUGGGGAAGCCCGCCCUGCGCUUCAGGCACAAGCCGUGAGCGUGCUGGCCGGGAUGGCGGAUGCGUGGGCUCGACCGGAGACGGUCGAGUUGGUGCCGGCGUCCGCGGUUCUCCCGCUGUGCGCAGCGGCCAAGGCGGGUGUGCGUGAGGAUGCUGCUCGCGUUCUGGCGGCACUGGCGCCUGUGGCCGAUCCUGGCGCAGUCCUCGGUCCACUGCUCGAGGGCCUGGUGCCCGAGGCAAGCGAAGAAGCCAAGCACGGCCGACUGGUGGCGGCUGCCGGGGCCGCGGCAGCGCUGCUCCGCGUCCAGGCAAGCGGACUUGCUGCGACGAGCGAGCCAUUGCUUCAAGUCACCGCCCUCGCCGAGCUGGCGGCCGAGUGGCUGGCGGCCGGCGGGAAGAACGUUUCGCCGCUUGUUGGCGCUGCCCUUUGCCGAACUCUCGGUGAGCUCGGCAGCCUGAUGCCUUUGCCGCUGAGCGGCGGCGCGGCGGCGCGCGAGGCGACGGUGGGCCAGCUGCUUGCCCUUGUCCCACAGGGCACAGCCGCUACCUCGAGCUCAGGCUCAUCGCUGGCGGCUGCCAUGCACGGCGCGGCACUGCGUGCUCUUGGUCAGGUGUGUGUCGGCGAGCCGCAUGCGGCAUAUGAGAGCGCGGUCAUCGACGCAUGCUUUACACUUGGCCGCGUCAAGGCUGUCGGGCUGCAGCUUGGCGCGGCUCACACGAUGGCAUGCGUUCUGCUUGGAUCUGACACCAGCGCGCUUGACGCGGGAGCGUGGACAGUUGUGCGGGAGAAGAGCGAGGCCGAGACCUCGUUUGUGGUUGACCUGCUCAAGCGGAUUCUUGUCGACGGGGUUGGAAGUGGGCACUCGUUCCUGCGCCAGGCGGCGACACUGUGGCUCGUGCAGUGCUGCGAGUCUGCCUCCCGACUGGCGGACAACGCCGGGGCGCGGACGGUGCUGGCAUCGCACAUUGUGGACGUUCAGGCUGCGUUCGAGUACGCGCUCACUGACCGCGACCUGUUCACGCAAGAGGCGGCGUCGACAGGCCUCUCGCUGACGUACCAGCUCUCGACCGAGACGUCGACGCAGGAGCGGCUCCUUGCGGGGCUAGUCAAGACCCUCUCGACAGGUGCGGGCAAUGCGACGACCAAGAUGGCGGUGCAGGCUGGCGAGCCGCUCUUCCAGGCCGAGGCGCUGGGGCUCACGCCCGACGGUGGCUCGCUGGCAACAUACCAAGAGAUCUGCUCGCUGGCGACCGACGUUGGCCAGCCGGAGCUCAUCUACAAGUUUAUGGGCCUUGCGCGGUCGAACGCACUGUGGACCUCGCGGACGGGUGCAGCGUCGGGCUUUGCUGCACUGGCAGAGUCAGAGACUGCGCGGGCAGCGCUGGUCGAUCUUGUCCCGGCACUUGCACCCAAGCUGUUCCGGUACCGGUUUGAUCCUGACGAGCGGGUGCAGGCGUCGAUGGCGCGGAUUUGGAAGGCGCUGGUGGGUGUUGUGGCCGAGGCUCGUAGUGAGUCGAGCGUGCAGACUGAGAGGAUGAUUGUGGCGGAGCAGUUUGACGAGGUACUCUCAUCGGCGCUGGAAGGCAUCGGGCAGCGGGCAUGGCGGGUUCGCGAGGCCUCGGUACUCGCGCUCGGCGCGCUGCUAGAGACUUCGCCGCCGCUGACGACGGUACAGGCGCGGCUGGAGGAGAUGUGGACGAUGGCGUUCCGGGCACUGGACGACAUCAAGGAGUCCGUCCGUCUCGCCGCCCUCAAGGCAUGCUCGUCGCUCGGCAAGGUUACUCUGCAGUUCUGCUCCCCUGAGGCUGCAGCUGAGGCCAGUGGCGCCUGCCCUGCCCUCGACAUCAUGAUGCCGUUUUUGCUGGAGAAGGGCCUCGUCUCGGACGCCAAGCCGGUGCAGGCUUUCUCGCUCUCGCUCAUUGUGCGGAUCGUGAAAAAGGCGCGCGAGCUGCUCAAGCCGCACUUGCCUGCACUUGUGGGCACGCUGUUGCGGGCCAUGUCGACGCUCGAGCCGCAGGAGUUCAACUACGUGACGCUCAACAAGGACCGGUACAACCUGACGACUGAGCAGGUCGAGGGCGCGCGGCUGGCGAUGGCCAAGGCGUCGCCGAUUUCGCGGACGCUGGAGGCUGCGGUGGGCUUUGCGGACGCGCCGACUCUGGAGCGGCUUGUUCCGGAACUUGUUGGCGUCAUCACCCGUGGGGUGGGGCUCCCGACCAAGGUUGGCGCGGCUAAGCUAGUUAUGGACCUUGUCGAGAUGUUGGCGACCGAGGUGACGCCGUACUGCAAGCGGUUGAUGAAGGCGCUGAUGCGUGCGCUGCACGACUCUUCGCCGGGCAUGCGCGCGGCAAACGCCAUGGCGCUCGGCUUUUGCGCCCGCCACGCCAAGACCAAGACGCUCGCGCGAACGUUGGGCCAGCUUGUCGACGAGUACAUGGCAGCGACGCCGGACUCGGAGGUGCAGGGCACGGUGGGCAUGGUGCUGAUGCAGAUGUCCAAGGCGGCGCCGGGGCGGCUGAAAACGUUUGGCGCUGACGUGCUGCCUGUUUGCCUUGUUGCCAUGCACAACGGGCGGGAGGAGACGGCCAAGCUCUUCCGCGCGGUGUGGGAGGAAAACACAUCAGGAAACACCGGUGGUGUGCGGCUCUAUGCCGACGAGCUGGUGGCGCUGGUGACGCGGGCGCUGGUGGCUGACCAAUGGCCCCUCCGCAAGCAAGCCGCGGCGUCGCUUUCGUUCAUGGCGACGGCGGCACCGACGGCGCUGGCAGGCGUCGAGUGUGGUGCCGAGGGCGUGCUUGCCGCGCUUGAGGCUGGCCUUGCUGGUCGACUGUGGGAUGGCAAGGAGGCACUGGUCGAGGCAUACGUCGAUGUGGCGCUCCUGCUGGCCAAGGCCGACCGCGCUGCGUUGGCAGCGGCGCCCGCCGUGGUCGACGGAGUGCUGGAGCAGGCUGUCAAGCGCAAGGCAGUGUACCGGUACGCGGUGACCAAGAUUGUGGUCAAGGCAGUGCGGUACUACGCGACCGCCGUCGAUGCCCGUACCGGGCUCGCCAUCCAUGCCGCAGUUGUCGCCGCACUCAGCGAAAUGGCGUUCACUUCGUUCGAGGAUGUUGACAAGCCGGGGAGCAAGCCGCGGUUUCUGGCGACACAAGCCGAGGUGCUGCAUGCGCUUGGCGCGUCGUACCCGCUGGCGGCUGAAGCGCAGGAGCCGGAGCCAACAGCCGAGCUGGUGGCGAGCCUGGCGGCGGUGGUGGCGGGCAACCCGUGGAUUGUGCGUAACGCAGCGCUCGGCGCGCUGGCUAAGAUCAUUGAGCGCGGAGCCGGUUGCCUCGCCACCGCCAGUGGCGCAGUGGCUGCAGCCAACGAGGCGGCAAUCGCAGCUCUGGACGAGGCGCAGUUCAAGUCUGUACGUGAGGCCGGGCUCGCGCUGGCGACAAUCCUUGUCGACGCCUUGCCACGUCUCGGCGCGGCCGGCGAGCCGGUGCGCGAGCCUCUUGAAGCCGCGUUGCGGCGGCGGGAGCAGGACGCUGAGGUAGCCAUCGCGCGCGGCGCCAAGCAGGUUCGCCAGGCACUGCAGACGCAGGGGUAA